AUGGUUGCCUCAACACAACCUUUGGCAAAUUCAGCUGGUUUGAGGAUCCUUGAUAUGGGUGGGAAUAGUGUAGACGCUGCAAUUGCUGUGUCGGCAGCGUUGUGUGUUACAGAGCCUGGUUCGACCGGGAUUGGUGGAGACUCAUUUGCAUUAUUCCAUUCCAAGGGCCGAGUAUUUGGCUUAAAUGGGUGUGGUAGAGCAGCCAAAAAUGUUACUCCACAAGAUGUUUGGGACGAGCACAAUAAUGGAAAGCCAAUGUCAAGAAUCCCCUACACAUCAGUAUUUUCUGUCACCGUCCCCGGUGCAAUCAGCGGGUGGUACCAAGCUUUCACCAAAUGGGGGUCAGGAAAGGUCACAUUCAAGGAUAUUUUGCAACCUGCAAUCACUUUGGCAAGAGACGGGUUUCCUGUGUCUGAACUCUCCGCUCUUAGUUGGAGACAUUCUAUCCCAAAAUUGAAAGCUCAGAAUGAAGGUGUAGCUGAGAAUCCUUUCAUACUAGAGGGGGGAAGAGGACCCGAGGAAGGUGAAUAUGUCAAAAACUUACCAUUUGCAAAAUGCCUUGAAUUGAUUGCAGAGGGCGGAGAGAAGGCGUUUUAUGAGGGUCCCAUUGCUGAGGCUAUUGUCGAAACUACAUCAAAGAGAAACCACAAACUUAGCUUGGAGGACUUCAAAAAUCACACAUCUACAAUUGUUGAACCGAUAAAGUUGAGCUUCCAAGAUCAUUACGUCUGGGAGAUCCCACCAAAUGGCCACGGGUUGGUUGCAUUGUUGGCUCUUGGGUUAAUUCAAGAACUACACAAUGAAGGAAAAAUUAAUUUGUACGCAUUGAAACAUAAUUCUACGGAAUACUUGCAUAUAUUGAUUGAGGCGUGUAAAUUGGGAUUUCAUGACUCAGACGAGUACGUCACGGACCCCGCGUUCAAGGAGAUCCCAAUCAAAGAUUUGUUGCAUCAUCAAUAUUUGAAAUCAAGAGCAAAAUUAUUCGAUCCAUCCAGGAUUAUUGAUGGUGAAACUAUGACGCAUGGUGUGCCGGACCCAAAGUACAGAUCGGACACAGUUUAUUUCUCAGUGACUGACUCAAAUGGGGACGCGUGCUCAUUCAUAAACUCGGUUUACGAAGGGUUUGGAUCAGGGAUCUUGGUGGAGAAGUUUGGGUUUUGUUUGCAAAACAGGGGAAGCAACUUCAAUUUGACACCAGGGUUGUCCAAUUGCUUAGAAGGCGGAAAGAGACCUUAUCACACUAUUAUACCAGGAAUGAUCACCAACAAGGACGACUCAUUGUAUGCUGCUUUUGGCAAUAUGGGAGGAUUUGCUCAACCAGUGUGUCACGUGCAACACGUUUUGAAUAUGAUUGUCUUUGGCAUGACACCUCAGCAGCUGCUUGACUCUCCAAGGUUUUCCUUGGACUCAGAUCACGAUCAUUUGAAGGACAGAGGUAGAGGAGCUGACGGUCCUGUUAAAACCCCAAUUACAGUCGUAAAGAUUGAAGAAGGAGUUGGAGAGAAGGUCAUCAAUGAGUUACGUGCUUUGGGUCACACUGUUGAUGUAUUGAGUGGAUACUCACGUCAAAUCGUUGGACGGGGCCAGAUUAUCAAAAACGAAUCAAAGGAUGGACAGUUGAUAUUUGCGGGUGGUAGUGACAUGAGAGGAGAUGGUGCGGUAGUACCAUUUGUAUAG